CUUUGUUAUCCAAGAUGGCGACCGGCGAAAGUCGUGGAUGGCCCGAUACGAAGGAAGGUUAUGAGCUUGAAGAAGUUAUCGGGUAUGGCGCCACGGCCGUUGUUCAAGCAGCUCGUUGUGGGGCACGGCGCGAGAGAGUGGCCAUCAAACGAAUCGACUUGGAGAAGUGUGGAGCAAGUAUCGAUGAAAUGAUGAAAGAAAUCCAUGCAAUGAGCCAAUGCAACCAUGAUAAUGUGGUCAACUAUUACACCUCCUUUGUUGUGCGUCAAGAGCUGUGGAUAGUGAUGCGCCUUCUCAAUGGAGGAUCUAUGCUGGACAUUAUAAAGCAUAAAAUUAAAGAAGACCCAAAAGCCUGUGAAGAAGGAGUUCUAGAUGAAGAAAUCAUUGCAACUGUAUUAAAGGAAGUUCUUAAGGGUUUGGAAUACUUUCACAAGAAUGGGUUAAUACACAGGGAUGUAAAGGCUGGUAAUAUUCUAUUGGCAAUGGAUGGUACUGUUCAAGUGGCAGAUUUUGGUGUCAGUUCAGCAAUUAGUGACUAUGGAGAUAGAACAAGACCCAAAAUGAGAAAAACAUUUGUGGGAACACCGUGUUGGAUGGCUCCUGAGGUGAUGGAGCAGGUCCAGGGAUAUAAUCAUAAAGCAGAUAUCUGGAGUUUUGGAAUCACAGCUAUUGAGCUAGCCACAGGAACAGCACCAUAUGCUAAGUUCCCAGCAAUGAAGGUUCUUAUGUUGACGUUACAAAAUGACCCACCUACUAUAGACACAUGUAGUGAAGGAGAAAACAAAGAGUAUAAGAAGUAUUCCAAGGUCUUCAAGAAAAUGAUUGCCUGCUGUCUGAAUAAAGACCCAGCUCAAAGACCUGAUGCAAGUGAACUACUUAAAAAUCCUUUCUUCAAGAAAGCAAAGGAUGCUGAAUUUUUAAAAAGUAAUCUUUUAAAAUUUGUUAAACCAUUAAGUCAAAGGAGUCAGAAGGUUAAAAGAGUCCCUGGCUCCAGUGGAAGACUACACAGGAAUGAAGAUGGAAGUUGGGAGUGGUCAGAUGAUGAGGCAGGCACUGAUUCCCACAAGCCCCACAAGGCACAUCAGGAAUCUAAGGAAACUAAACCAGCUGACACUGAACAGGAAGAGAAAGUGAAAGCAACAAACGAUAAUGUUCCAGGAGUGAAUAUCCAGCCUCCAACACCCAAGGAAGAACAAGCCCCACCAAAUUUUCCAAUAAAGACAGAACCUGCACCAGCUCCUGCAACAGCUCCUGCACAACCUCUCCCUCAAAAGCUAGAUUUGACUCUUAGAUUAAGAAAUGACAAAAAUGAAUUAAAUGAUAUUAGAUUUGAUUUCUGUUAUGCCAAAGAUACAGCUCAAGGAGUCUCUCAGGAGUUAGUUUCAGCUGGAUUAAUCGAUGGAAAAGAUUUAGUCAUUGUUGCAGCCAAUUUGAAAAAAGUUCUCGAUAACCCACCCCCAAGCAAAUCUUUUACUUUUCCACUGCAAUCAUCAAGUACAGUUAACCAACCACCAGAUGAAAAAGCCCUGAUUGGUUUUGCACAGCUGACGAUACAUUAGAUUGAUCUGUGAUGACCAACCUAAUCAGUAGCAUCAAAUGGAGUAAAGUUUAAACAUUAGCAAGCAGGAGCCAGAGACAGCAAAUCUUGCAGCUGAGCAUAAUAUCUCCCAUAGAGCAAUAUUGGUGAAAGUUCUAGUUAGUUUUGUUAAUAAGGUAUCCCUUCAUAUCUGUAGCCAACGAGCAGCCAUACAAAACUGUUUGUUAAUCAUAAUUAUCUAGGGCUGUGUUUGUUGGUAAGAAUACAAAAUUAAAGUGCAUUAUACAAUUAAAUCUAUUUUAGAAAUAU